AUGAGCAAAGAUGCCAUCAAGAAAAUUCAAAAGCUUAAAGAAUCACAGGAUAAAUGUGACACGAUCAGCCAAGAUGUCAUGAAGAAAGAUCAGGAUGUUACAAAGUUUCGCAAUUUGUGGAAGAAAGCCGCCAUGGAGCAUGAUAAGUUCCGAGCCAGUGGACAAGGGUUCUACCAGAUCACGGACGAGUAUCUUGUGGAGCUCAUCAAUCAUCUCAGACUCAAUAUUCGAGACCUUUCGAUCCAGUACUUUGACGGUAUCGCUCUGAAAGGAGAUCGAUUUACCGUUUAUCAGCCGCACUAUUUCAACCACCUGAAUAACACUACUCUAGAACGCAAAGGAUACAUGCGAUAUCUCGAAUCACCUACAAGAUCCCAUGAAGUCGUUCAAGCAUUUCUUUGGAGAGUCAUCGUCCAUGAAAUCUUUGACAAGUUUGAAUGGCUUGGUGCAGACACCUGUGACGACUUUCGACACCUCAGGACCGACGAUCAUGUCAAACGUAUUAUAAACACGGUUAGCAAUGUCCUCAUAAAGGAUAGGGAGAGGAGCUUCAAAAACCAACUGUCAGCGAUUAUUACUAAAGCAUUUGCUUUGGACAAGGAGAUUAGUCGCCAGGUUGCGCGUGUGAUCUGGAGAUUCAAUGUUUUCCAACUAGAAGAAAACGCUGAUCACCCCGAUGCCGCCCCCAGCAAACCAGGUCUGGUUAUGGCCCCAGCUGUUUUUAAGAGGGGCAAGUCUACAGGUGAAGGAUUUGAUCAUGAGACAAAGCUGCUGGAUAUAGUAGAGGGCAGUAAAUAA